UGGCAAACAGAAACGAAGGGUUAUCAGUUCUGGACACAAUCUGACGAGAAAGGGAAUUUCUUAAUUAAAAAUGUUCGAGAAGGGGACUAUAAUUUGUAUGCAUGGGUCCCUGGAGUUGUUGGAGAUUAUAAGCAUGACAUUAAUAUUACCGUCAAAGCAGGAUCUAAGUUCAAGUUGGGAGCCAUUGUGUAUAGGCCUCCCAGAUAUGGUCCUACAUUGUGGGAAAUUGGCGUUCCCGAUCGCUCUGCUGUUGAGUAUUUCGUGCCGGACCCCUAUCCAACACUCAUGAACCGACUGUACACUAAGGACACCAUGGACAAGUUUAGGCAAUACGGAUUAUGGGAACAAUAUGCAGAUAUCUAUCGUAACGAUGACCUCAAGUACACCGUCGGCGUUAGUGAUUAUACUCGACAGUGGUUCUUUGCUCAUGUUACCAGGGAAAUAGGAAAUAGGACAUAUCAAGCAACGACAUGGCAGAUUAUGUUUGAGCUUCCAUAUGUUGAUAAUCCAGGACCUUACACACUUCAAGUGGCCUUGGCAUCAGCAACUGACUCUGAAUUACAGGUUCGACUCAACGAUGCAAAUGCCGAAAAACCUCAUUUCACCACAGGGCUAAUCGGCAAGGACAACGCCAUUGCCAGACAUGGAAUUCAUGGGUUGUACAGGUUUUAUAGUAUCAAUGUUCCAAGCAAUAAACUUUACAGAGGAAACAACACAAUCUAUCUAACUCAGUCAAGAAGCAGAAGCCCCUUCCAAGGAAUUUUGUAUGAUUACAUUCGCUUAGAAGGUCCCCCUGCCCGUGAAACUUGAUAACGCCAAAAUGCUG